AUGGAGCACAAAGCCAAGGCUGUGGCAGUUUUCCUGGCAGCAACCUGUGUCUUCAGCAUCAUUGCCCUCAUACUGACUGUCGUAAAUGUGAAGGACGUAUUUCUGCCCCCCAGCACCAAGUACGGCCUGGUGUUCGAUGCUGGCUCCACACACACCGCUCUCUACAUCUACCAGUGGCCAGUGGACAAGGAGAAUGGCACAGGAAUUGUGAGCCAGGUGGAGGCCUGUGCUGUGCCUGGACCUGGCAUCUCCAGCUAUGCAGACAACCCUGCUCUGGCUGGAGCCAGCCUGAAACCCUGCCUAGAUAAGGCCAUGAAGAUCGUCCCAGAAAAGCUGCAGCGAGAGACCCCCACCUACCUCGGGGCUACAGCAGGCAUGCGGCUGCUGAGGGAGCAGAACAGCACAAAAGCUGACCAGGUCUUUGUCGAGGUCGCAAAGGCCGUUCGCCAGUACCCUGUGGACUUCCGUGGAGCUCAGAUCCUCACAGGGAACGAGGAGGGCUCCUUUGGCUGGAUCACUGUCAACUACCUGCUGGAGACACUCAUCAAGUUUUCCUUUGCAGAGAAAUGGGAACAUCCGCAGGCCACAGAGGUGCUGGGAGCUCUGGACCUUGGAGGCGCCUCCACACAAAUAACCUUCCAGCCCGGAGGUACCGUGGAGGACAAAAACACCUCUGUCCUCUUCAGGCUAUACGGCACCAACUACUCGCUCUACACCCACAGCUACCUCUGCUAUGGGCAGACGCAGGCCUUGAAGAUGCUGCUGGCAGCUCUCUAUGAGGGCAGCUCUUCUCCCCAGCAGAUAUUGCACCCCUGCUACCCGAAGGGAUACCAGGAGAACAUCACUAUGGCAGCCCUCUACGACAGUCCCUGUGUCCCCACGCCGAGCAAACCCAGCACUGCUCAGGCCCUCACAGUGACGGGGACAGGAGACCCAGCAGCGUGCAGAAGUGCCAUCCAGAAACUCUUCAACUUCACCUGUGGGGCCCACAGGACGUGUGGGUUCAAUGGCAUUUAUCAGCCCCCCGUGCGGGGACAGUUCUUUGCCUUCUCUGGGUUCUAUUAUACCUUCCACUUCCUGAACCUGACUGGCCAGCAGUCUCUAGGCCAUGUCAACUCCACGAUUCGGGCCUUCUGCAACACCACCUGGAAAGAGCUUGUGGAGAAGUUCCCACAGGAGAUGGAACGCCUGCAUAUGUACUGUUCUGUGGCUGUUUACAUCCUGACACUGCUGCUUGAUGGCUACAAGUUUGAUGAGCAUACAUGGAGCAGCAUCCACUUCAACAGGAAGGCAGCAAACACGGACAUUGGCUGGACGCUGGGUUUCAUGCUGAACCUCACCAACAUGAUCCCCACAGAGGCUCUGGUGCAUGUCAAGGGGCAGCAGCCUGGUCUCUGGGCAAGUGCCAUCUUCUUCAUUGUGCUGACCACUGUGGUGGGCUUAGUGGCCAUUUUUCUCCAAUGUUUCUGGAAGCCCAAGUAG